AUGGAGGAUCCACGAUUUAAUAAUGAGACAUUAGCAUAUUUACAAUUCAUUGCACAGAAUCCUCCACCACAAGGUAAUGUUAUCGAAGUUGAAACAAUGCGUCUAUUUUUUGAAGAUAUACAUCAAAAAAUCAAUGAAAAACUUCAUGGAACAUUCAGAGGUACAACAGAGGAAAAAAUAGUGAAAACUAGUUCUACAGAAAUACCUAUUACAAUCUAUACACCAAUAGAUGUUAAUAAAGACAAAUUAGUUGUUUAUUUUCAUGGUGGAGGUUGGGUUAUUGGUAGUCGAAAAACUCAUCAAACAAUUGUUAAUUUCCUAGCUGAUGUGACAAAAACAAUUUGGAUUUCUGUGGAAUAUCGUCUCGGACCUGAAUACAAAUAUCCAAUUUGGCUUGAUGAUGCAUGUGAUGUUACUCAACAUAUUAUUCAAAAUAAAACGGCUUACGGUGUUAAUCAAACAACUAAAAUUGGAGUUGCUGGAGAUAGUGCUGCAGGCAUGAUUAGUGCUUCACUUUCUCGUUUAUUAAAAGGCAUCGAUUUUCAAAUUCUUAUUUAUGCUGCAUUAGAUAUCCUUGGCCAAACACCAUCUUAUAAAGAAUUUGCGAAUCGAAUGUAUUUUCUUACACCUGAAUUCAUGAAUUGGUUUUGUAUGCAUGCCUAUCAUAACUCGGAUGAUAUAAAAGAUCCUCGAGUAUCUGCUCUACUCAAUAGAACAUUUGAUGAAUUACCACCGUGUUUAUUUAUAGUUGCUGAUCUUGACAUUCUUCGAGAUGAAAACUUAGAAUAUCAAAAAUUACUUGAAAAAGCUGGUGUUCAAACGAAAUUAGUACUUAUUAAAGGUGUCAUUCAUGGAUUUUUUAGUUUUCCUGGAAUUUUUCCACAAACAUGUGCAGAAGCAAUUGAUGCUAUUCGAGAUUUCAUGGCAUCGAUUUGA